UUACCCCAAGCUGUUCCGAGCGGCUGAUACGAAGAAGCGUGGAGUGCUUGGCGCUCAGGAGGCAGCACAGUUUUUAUCAUCAUCGAAGUUGCCUCGGAAAACACUUCAUGAUAUAUGGUGUUUGGCGGAUAGUGAUAAUAAGGGCAAUCUAACUAUUGAUGAGUACACAAUUGCAUGUAGACUAGUAGCGCACGCCCAGAAUGGCGCUGGGGAGAUGACUGAGGACCUGCUUACAGUUCCCCCUGUGAAGUUGCCAGUGUUCGAGGGUGUCCAAACUGAAACUCCUCCUGCCCCUCCUACCUCUACACGGCAUUCUACUGAUGAUGUAGCUGAUGAGGUGAUUGCUGAGGAGUAUGCCAACGGCAUAGACCUUAGCAGCCCUGUGUGGAGGAUCUCACGCAAGCACCUUGAGAAGUAUACUGAGGUUUUCAAGGCUAUAUCUACCUCUGGCUUCGUGUGUGGUGCCGAUGCUAGGGAUCUCCUUAUCAAGAGUAAUCUCACUUCUGAGGUGCUCACUACGAUAUGGGACCUUGCUGAUGCUGGUAGAGAUGGCCAGCUAUCGUAUCCCGAGUUUCUGGUGGCGAUGCAUUUGGUGACAAUGGCCAGAGCUGGUUAUUCGAUACCGCGCUCUC